CGGUUGAGGUUCGAUGAACCAAUCUUCCCGUGGCCUUCCCUGAUCUCUUCCCACGUGUAUGGCCAAGAAAACAUCAUCAAGAAACUCCUCAGCUGCGACUGAACUCGAUCCUAAACCUAUUGCCGAAGCCGCUUCCACCGCCAUCCGGCUAAUUCCCGGUCGAUCGCGCGCCGUCCGCUCUCGGUUGCGCCUCCGUUCGUCGCCGGUAAUCCUUGCACUCCUCCCGUCCCUCCUUCCAUCGCAGGUUUCGGGGCCAGAAGUCUCUCUCCGCUGGUUGGGAGCGAUUCCGGAGAGGAGAAAGAAUGCCUGGAGGAAGGAUCCCUCCACCAUGGCGAGUUCUUGGGACUGCUACAGCAUUCGUCUUCGGGGGCUUGUUCACUCUGUCCCUCGCUUCUUCUGUGGCUAUGCGAUCCCUGCAAUCCUUAGCAGAAGCUAAGCGGAAGAAGGUGGCCCUGCCUUGUUCAGCAUGUAAAGGGAAAGGCUUCUAUGGAUGCAAGUUAUGCAAUGGGAAAUCCACCAUCGAGUGGUCUCCUUUGUAUGAUCCUAUAGUUAUCAACCCUUGUCUCUGCCCUACCUGUGAAGGAAACAGCUAUGAUCAACAGGUGGAGAUUUCUGUGGCAUCAUAGCGGGAUCUUAAUUUUUCUUAAACAUUAUUGAGGCUGACGCAAGAGGUGUCGGUUCUUGGCCCAGGCAUGAUCAGAGUCCAUGGAUUUGCUUAUUUUUCCCUGAAAAGAUGAUAGGACAGGAGGACAUGCAAAAAGAAAGCAGCAUGGUUAAUGAGGCAGAAUACAUUACUGUGUAUAGGUACCUUGUUUUGGGCAAGAAUACAUAUAACAGUACGGACAUCAGAAAUCUAUGCGACCUUUCAGGUUCCAAUGAAUCAUCAGAACCACUUCGUCA